AUGGCUUCCAGGGCCCUGUACCCAAGAGCUAGUCUAAAACACAUGCUAGUGCUAGCAAUAGCAUUGAUGUUGAUCAACCAUGCAAUGGGGGAUUCCGCCCAAGAGAAACAAAAAUGUGCAGAACAACUGACAAAUAUUGCAACAUGUCUGCCAUAUGUGGGUGGCAAUGCCAAAGCACCAACACCAGAUUGUUGCAGUGGUCUCAUACAAGCUAUGAACAACAAUAAGAAAUGCAUCUGCAUUAUUAUCAAGGACAGGGAUGACCCUGACCUUGGCUUAAAGAUUAACUUUACACUUGCUCUUGGCCUUCCUUCUCUUUGCAAAGCUCCUGAUAAUUUGUCCCAGUGUCCAUCACUUCUGCACUUGGAUCCUAAAUCAGCUCAAGCUCAAGCUUUUAAUCAACUUGGUCAGAAUUCCAAUGGUGACUCUAUCAGUCCUUCUCCCAGUCCUUCUGCUGAAGGAAAUGCCCAGAAUGUGAAAAACCCGGGGACAGAUGAAACAGCCACAGCAAAGAACGGUGCCUCUUACACGGAAAAGAGUGUGUUGGAAAGUUUGGUUGUUGAAGUUGCAGGGCUUCUUCUAAUUUGGUUUUUUUGAGCUAAAACUUUGAAACUGCAAAUAUAUUGUCCUUUUC